AAAAAAAAAAAAAAAACCUUAUCCAAACUUUUUAAAAAAUGCCACUAGCGAUCUCUCUCCCAACCUCAUCUCCUCCUCCUCACCUCUUCCCUCGCCGCCGCCCUCACGCAAAUCUCCGAACCCGCCGCAUCUCCGCAUCUUCCGCCCAAGAGAAUCAUCAAACAGGCGUCAUCAUCAUCGGCGCCGGACUCGCCGGCCUAGCCGCCGCGACUCGUCUCACCUCCGCGCAAAUCCCUUUCCAACUCCUGGAAGCUUCCGACGGCGUCGGCGGCCGCGUCCGCACAGACGUCGUCGACGGCUUCUUCCUCGACAGAGGGUUUCAGAUCUUCAUCACCGCCUACCCCGAAGCCAAGAAGCUUCUCGAUUACGAAUCCCUCGACCUCCAGAGAUUCUACGCCGGAGCUAAGGUUUUCCACGGCGGAGAGUUUCACACCGUCGCCGAUCCUCUCCGUCAUCUAUUAGACUCCGUGGCCUCUCUAACGAACCCGAUCGGAUCGGUUUUUGACAAGGGGCUUAUCGCGUUGACGAGAGCUAGGGUUCUGGUUAGAUCGGACGAAGAGAUAUUGACUAGCGUCGAGGAAGUUACGACGAUUGAGCUUCUUCGGAAGAUCGGUUUCUCCGAUGAGAUUCUCGAUCGGUUUUUUCGUCCGUUUUUCGGUGGGAUUUUUUUCGAUAGAGAUCUCGAAACGACGUCGAAGCUGUUCGAUUUUGUUUUUCGGUGUCUUGCUUUGGGAGAAAACACGCUUCCCGCUAUGGGGAUUGGAGAGAUUCCUAACCAGUUGGCGGGUAAAUUACCGGUUGAUUCGAUCUUGUUGAACACUAGAGUCGCUUCGGUUGAGUAUCAAAACGGGUCGGGUUCACCUUUAGUGAGACUACAAGACGGCGGCGUUUUGAAUGCAGAGUUGGGUGUUAUACUCGCUGUCGAGCAACCACAAGUGGAUAAGCUUUUAAACGGUAUUAGAGAACCGGUUAGUAUUAAACCGGCUCGGAGUACUGUUUGUAUUUACUUUGCAGCUGAACCGGAUCAGAUACCGGUGCAAGAUCCGGUUCUGUUUCUCAAUGGGACGAACAGUGGUAUUAUAAACAAUAUGUUUUUCCCUACGAACGUUGCUCGGACGUACGCGCCGCCGGGGAAGGCUCUGGUUUCGGUAUCUUUGAUCGGUUUGUUUGAGGAUAGGUCCGAUGAGGAGUUAGCAGCGGAGGUUAUUAGGGAACUCUCUGGUUGGUUUGGUGAGUCUUCGGUUAUGUCAUGGAGACAUUUGAGAACGUACCGGAUCGGAUUCGCUCAGCCGAACCAAUGCCCGCCCACUGAUUUGGUUAAGGAUCCUCGGGUUGGGGCGGGUCUUUACUUAUGCGGUGAUUACAUGACUUCUGCUACGUUUGAUGGUGCUUUGGUCUCUGGUAGACGAGCUGUGGAAGCUUUGUUACAAGAAAAGGGACUAGUUUGAGCUCUCUAAUUGAAAAUGUUGAUUGUGUUUAUUUUGAAGAUUCUUUUUGUAACUAUAUUCAUGCCUUCUUGUAGUAUGCAUCCUCUAAAACCAUAUGUAUACCUAGAGGCUAGUAAGUAGUAUGCUUCUCUGAUGAUGAGCAAUGAAACACAGUGAUGAUCUGUGUGGUGUUUACAUGGUUUUACAAACCAAGGAAGACAUUACCUCAGAUCUUUUCCCUAAGUUUCAAUCCAAC